ACCUUUCAUGUACCCGCUCGUUUACGCUGAGAAGUUAUUUCCACAUCUUAUUGUAUUUUGCGUGAAAGAAGAGCUGUUCCUUAAUCGGACAUCAAAAGGAAAUUAUUUUCACAGCCAUCUAUCGACGGCCUUAAAUACAAAGUAGGUCAAACAUUCGCAAAAAUUGGUUUUAAACGAGCAAGAGUCCUUUUGACUUUACGAUAGUGAGGUGACAAGGUACUUUGAAUCUCUGAAUAAUUUCGCAGUUAUUCAGCGGGAGAAUAUUCGCUCGAAAGCUGAUUAAGAAGUGAGGAUGCUGCCUGAAGAGAAAGUGUUGUAUCCAUUUAUCGGCGAUUCGCUCGGACCAUGAGGAUUUUAACAGCAAUAUAGAGAGCAGAUGGGUACUGGUUGUUCGAAAUCGGUUGUUGUUAUUUCCAACACGAGCUGGAACCCCCACAACGCGCGACCCAGCCAAAGUUCUGCAUCGCAUACAUCAUCGACAAAAUGCUCAGGAUCCACCAUAAAAACUCUUGCGGAAGCCGCAAUUUGGAGCCCAUUUAAGCUGAGCCGUUCUGAAGCCGAGGAGCUUCUGUCUCAAGCGGAGCCUGGUGCCUUUGUAUUUUCCCAUGACAUGACGUCAGAGUUAUUUCUCUCAAUAUGCGCGGGAAAAUACGUUUGCCAUCAUGCCGUGUUAACACGUGACCAAGGUUACUAUGUUGGCGCAAGACGCUUUACGACAAUCGGAGCUGUAGUUGAUUAUUUUAAAGACCACCCUUUAGGAGAAACCACUUUAAAACAAGAGUUUAGGGCACUCAACCCAAGGAUUACUUCUCAAGUACAAGUCAAACAGCAUCCUGAUUUCACUAUCUCUUGUCCGGCACAAAUUUCUACAAAUGGCCACCCUGCUGGUCAAUUUCAAUGUGAUCAGUCGCUUUCCAUUCUCCAAACGUCUGUCGGUAGUAAGACUAACCAAUCACAAUCUCCUAAGAUUAUGUUGACGUCACAUCUCUCAGGGGAAGAAAAGACUCCUUCAGAAGACGAUGGUCAGGUGCUGGUUACCAUGAAUACUGAUGGGCAACAACCUCCGAGAUGCGCUCCUUGGAACGAUACACUAACAAAAAAACAGCUAACAAGAAGUAUGGCAAUUGAAAGGACUGACUCCUCGGGAGAAAUUCAAGAAACAGCUCUUUCACCAUUGUUACCUACAAGAAGUUCAGUGAUAAAAUGAGGAAUGGCUCAUUUUAUCAGUUUCUUGUUAGUCACAUUCGUUCGAAAAACUGAUUAUGGAGUUUUCUUGAACCGAGCUUCGGUUAAAGAGAAGCCUACAAGAUGAAAAUGGCUCACCCUCUCACAGUCUGGACACGUUUUUUGGCAGUCCUUCGUUUAGAGGUCUCUAAUCAUUACAGAUCGUUAUGGAAGGGAAAUAGAGAAAGAUAAUCCAAUUCUCGGAGCGAGAGAGACAUGAAAAUGUUCCCCGGGUUUGUUCAUAUGAUAUUUUUAGCAUGACUACGAUUAGUCAAGGACAUGCACACGAACCUAUAUGGUGCGUCACCUUUAAUAACCUCCAAAGUGAAAAAAAUUGAGUAUUUCUGGUCCUCCGAGGCUUGUUCCUUUUUAGCUCUAGGAUAAAUGACUUUUAAAAGAACAAAGCUUUCAAUCUAACACCGUUAACGUUGUUGCCGUGCUUUAUUCGCGCAUGCAAGUUUUUUUGUCUUGCGUUGUGACUGAAAAAAAAGCUAACCAAUUGAAACUGAUUUUCUAUUUACAGUAAUGUUACAAAUAAAUAGAAAGAAAAAAUAUUUUGACAUGUUGAUGUACUUGAAAAAGAAAAGAUGAAUUGAUCUUCAAAGGUCAAUUACAAGUCGCUGAAGAGAAAAAUCUGGAGAAAAAUUUCGGGGCAACGACUGAUCAAUUCAUUUUAAGGCAUGGAUUGGUGUUCAAAGUCUAUAUAUAAUAACUAUUUUAAAACACGACCAUUCCGCUUAGCGCUACAUGGUAAAAAAAUCACUAAAUCACCCGGUACAUCGGCUAAAACAUUAAAAUUUCAAAUUUUCAAGCAUUGGCGAUGA